GCGCGUUCCUGGUGGCGGUCGACGGCGCGCCUGGCCGCGGGGCAAGCGUGACUCCAGCGGGCGCGUUUCGAUUCGAGCCGCUGCGUCCGUUUGCUUGCGAUGCGUCAUUUUUUCCCCAAAACAUUCAUAUUCCGGUGACUUGCUCCAGGACAUUGGAUUUCUUGAUGGGAGACGGUGGCAGCCAAGAACCGGGCCUCAGCCGCUUAGUGGAUGGCUUGCCGCAGAAGCCUGCGCUGGGGUUCAAUAGCUUCAGGGAGAAACUUGCCUGACCAGGUCUGCCAGGCAUCGAUCUGUCCAAACAUGACAUCACGCCUUUUCUCUUCUAUUCUUGCUGAUGUCUCCAGCAGCUGGUCUCUUGAAUCGAGUUCUCCCCAAGUUGAUUGAAGAAAGGCUCGUAAGGAUAUCACCUUUUGCAAAUCAGCUGUCAUUUGAUGCCCUUCCAGCUGUUCGACGUCUCAGAUGUCUAGCAAAUUUUGAAGCCUUAAAAUUUUCUAAACUAAUCACAACUAUAUCUAACACCUUAGUUUCUCGAAUGAGAGGAAAAAGUGCUGGAAACAAUGGGAAAUAUGUAGCAGUGCAUCUCCGCUUCGAAGAGGAUAUGGUUGCUUUCUCUUGUUGCAUAUUUGAUGGAGGUGACAAUGAGAAGAAGCAAUUGGAUGUAGCCAGAGAAAAAGGUUGGAGAGGGAAGUUUACAAGGCCAGGACGUGUAAUAAGGCCUGGAGCAAUUAGGAUGAAUGGGGAAUGUCCACUGACACCGUUGAAGGGAGCUGUCAAAGGAGAGCUGUGUCGGUUGCAAGAUCCGGAAGGAAAACCACCUGUGAUGGGAUGGUGGCCUUCAAGAUCAGAUACAUUUGUUGAAAAUCAUAACACAGGGUCAACUCAGGGUCAUUGGCCUUUUCCAUCUGAUCAUAUUAGGAAGGUUGCUAUUUCAGAAAGGAUCAACAUUACCGUUUCGAGGACUGAAGAGUUUGGCGGCGCGCAGUGGACGCCUUUUCGGAUUUGCCUUGGUAGAAUAUACAAAGGUAAACAAAAAGGUAUGCUGCACAUCCAACCGCUAGCAAACCAUUCCUGCCCAUUCAGCCACACUUUCACACUUCCCACAACAAGCACAAGGUGAUUAGUGCUUAUGAUUUUGCUUUUGCUGCUGGUUCGUUCGUUGUUUGUCGAACGACUUCAUUGACUAUCACCUGCGAGUGCUCUCACAUUUACUUGAAUGCAUCUGCUCGCUGUCCGCUUAAAUCACAUACUAAGCCCGCAAUUCACAUUAGAACGCCCUCUUCCUCUUCUACACAUGGAGACCCCUUCAGGUUAGAGUGCUUGGUUACUGAUCCAAGGCUGCUCUUUUAUCUUCUGUACAAUGAACUGCUAUAUCCUCUCCUAUUUACACAAGUUAUUUCAACCCAAAGAUUCACACA